AAAAGUAUCUUCUCUCCAGCCUUAAAAAAAUGUUCGACCCUUGAUUUGGAUACCGAUCACUAUUUGACCUAUUAAAAAAUGUAAUAUUCGCUGUUGUAUUUUAAGAUUAUCUUACAAGCUUGCCCAAUCAGAAUAGAAUAGUUGCUUGUUGUUUUUUGUUAAUCUUUUAAUGGAUCAGACGAUUUUUCCAUCAUUUUAUUUGAUAAAUGAGCUGGGUAAGUUCUUUGAUGAUCUUUAAUGCCACAUGCUGGUAAAGUGUUAACUUGGUUAUUAUUUUUUUAACGUUUUAAACUGAUAGUUUUUUUAUUUCAUUUUACAUCGUGGAUAAAACAGAGAAUACAUAUCAAAGAGUCGUCGGAGCCUUUUUUUAAUACUUUAAUUAAUUAUUAUAAAUAACACAUAUUUGGAUUUUAGAAUUGAAAAACUUGAAAUUUAAAAAAAAAAACAACAAAAAAAACAAAAAACAAACUGUAAUUAAAAGGAAGCUGCCAUUAUUUUAAAAGAAAUACCCUAUUGUACUGAUCUGGAAAUAUUUUAAGUCCUUAUUAAUAUAUGUAUCAUUUGAAGUUUUCAUAUCACUAAAAAGUAUGAAAUAUUUCUUUAAAAACUAUUCAAGUGAUGAACUGCGAUACUUUAAGAAUAGGAUGAUGAAACACACAGCUUAACAGUUUAUAACAUCCCAGAUUUAAAGAAUUAAGAAAAAAUUAGUAAAACCCGCUAAACAUUUGAAAUUAACAGCACAGAAAAGGGCAUGGUUAAUUUCGGGUUAGUUUUUGACAUUGACAACAUUCUGUUUUGAAUGAGGUGUAAAGGAGGCUGACCCAGUAUACAAAGAAAAUCUCGUUACAUUUUUGUAUUCAAUUUAAUUAUACUAUCAACUUUAUAUACUAUACAAUUUCAAAUAGAUAGAAAUAAAAACUGUUUAAACUUACAGAAAGUGGCAAAGUAUCAAUACUACAAGAUGCAAAUUUUAUUCUUACACACACAGACACGCAAAGGGUCCUAUAAUUAUAUUAAGUCCCUUAUUACGACUCGCGUAUAGAAAAUCUAAUGACAAUUUUCCCCUGUUAAGAAAGCUGUCGACAUGUUUAAAUAGAAGGUUUUAGAAGAUACCAUAAGGAAAAAAAAAUAUUUAAAAUCCAUUUAUCCAUAUAUUUCUUUUAAAAAAAUAUUAGAACUUAAACUAGCAAUAUUUAAGCGAACAAUGAAUGGGUAGGCAAUGUUAAAGCACUCCAUAUGUAUUUAGAGACAUCCCGAUCAAAAAAAAAGUUAAUAGAGAAAUGGCUUAUCGCUUCACGUUGGAGUAGCAAUAGGUCAAUACACGAGCUAAAAUGACAUUAAUAGAUUACGCUGAAAAGUUUUAUAAUCAAUUUUUUUCAAGAAUCCAAUUUCCAUUUAAUGAAAAGAAGUUCUUUUAAAAAUAUUGUUUUCGUUUUUCUUAUUGGAAAAAAGGGAGACAACGUUCUAUAUAACUCUAUGAUUUACAUGCAUACAUUUUUGAUACAGAUAUUCAGCUUAAACAUUCCUACAGAAUGUAAGGGUUUUAAAGAAAAUGCAGACCAUUAUUGUACAAAGGUUGAAGAGAUGAUAUAUAAAGUCACUAUCAUCGUAAGAGCACUUCCAAGAUUUAGCAAAGCUAAAAUUAGAGGUUAUAUAACAACUUCUAAUGGAAGCAGAAUAUACAGUGAUGCUCAAACUUUGCCAGAAAUGUAUGGUGAGUACUCUCAUUCUUUAAUAUUACAUACUUAGUUCAAAAACACAAUAAACUUUGAUUGCACUUCAGCAUAUAUAUAUUUAUAUAUUGAUGACAAAUGACACCACAGGCAUCAACACUGAAAUUAAGGUUGAACAAUAGUCUCAGAUGAAGGCUACAAGCCCUAACUGAUUUCCAGGAUUGUGCAGACUACAAUAGCACUAAAGAGGCUCAAGAAAAUAUGGAAUUACAAAAAUAUAGCCCCCGGCACCAAAAUCAGACUGAUGCGCUCAUUAGUCCUCUCCAUUUUCCUGUAUGCCUGCGAAUCCUGGACAUUAACAGCCGAUCUUGAAAGGAAAAUAAAGGUGAUGGAGAUGAGAUGCUUCAGAAGCAUUUUUUGCAUCUGCUAUAGGGACCAUAUCUCCAAUGAUACAGUGAAAGAAAAGGUUCGCCAGGGAAUUGGGGAGUACGAUGACCUACUGGUGACUGUGAAAAAACGCAAACUACAAUGGUACGGCCACGUAACAAGGAAACAAGGGCUUGCAAAAGAAAUAUUGCAGGGCACCACAAGAGGAGGGAGAAGAAGAGGAAGACAAAGAAAAGAUAGAAGGAUAACGUCAAAGAAUGUACUGGACUAACACUGGGCGAUACUGUUCGUCGUGCAGAAGACAGAGACGAAUGGAGGAAGACAGUUCACAUGUCAUCUGUGGCGCCCCAAAGGUCCAAUGACUAAGGGAAAUGAUGAUAUAUAUAUAUAUAUAUAAUAUUGAAAACUAACUUUAACGAUUACUCUUUCUUUAAUUAGUCAUUUUAUAAAUCAGACCAAAAUAAUCAGAAGUUAAAUAAAAAUUUUUAAAUGUUACUUAUUUGUACAUUUUUGUAUUUAAGUUUUUAAAUAUUAUUACUCGGUUUAUAACAUAUUUAUAACACAUCACGAAUUUUUAGCGAUUUGUAUCAAUAUAUGCAUAUUGGGAAUCGAUCAUAAAAUUGUGCGUCACUUUUAAACAUGAUUAAAAAAUAAAUAAAAAACUUAAACCAGGAUUUCUCAAUCUUUGACCUGCGUGCCAUAUCAGGAAAGCAAGGAUUCCUUUACCCUACUCAAAUAAAGGACGUUUUGUUAAGCUGUAAAAGCGUUUUGAUCUGCUUGAAGUAUUUAAUUGCCCUAACAUCAAGCAAUUUAUUCGUAAAUUAAAAGUUUUCUUUAUUUUAAGUAGAGUUUGAUGUUCUUAUGUUUGAAAGACAUGUAAGAUAUACAUAAUGUAAAUACAAAUUCAUUUUUAUUUCAAAGUGUAGUCCGAGCUGUUGCAUUGGGCUAUUUUUAAAAAGCAAAUAAAUAUUAUAUCUUCGUAUGUAAAUUAAUUACGUUUACAUUAAACUAAUUCUUAGCGUUUAUUAACAAUUUGUCAAAUUGUGUAUUUUGUCAAAUAAGUCUCACACGCAUUUAGUUUGUUAAAUAAAUCUAGUUAAUUCACUAUAGUUAAUUAUUUUCUUAAAAGUUUUCGUUACUAAACUAUACUCAACGAUUAAAUUAUACUAAUUUUUGUUGGUUAAUUACAUAUAUAUCAUUUACAUUUCUCAGACACUAAAGACACCAGCGGACAUUUGAGAGUAAAUGGUCUAAACAUGACUACAGAUUCAUGCAAUGCGACAGUUUAUGACAAUAAUUUUAAUUUUGAGUUUGACUGUUACAGUCGUGCAAAGCCUUGUAUAAUAGAGAUAAUGGCCAAUGAUUUAACUGUUGUUAAUCAAAGCGAAAAUCACGCAGUGUUUACUUAUG